AUGAGUGGUUUUUCUAAUUGUUGCUAUCUUUAUCUUGUGGAUUCUCAUUGGACCAGGGGUCUGAAGUUCAGUUCAUCAGUGGAAGGGUACAGGUACGGUGAAGCCGUAAGAAGCACACUUUUCGAUUGUUCAUCAUCGAGGACGAGGGAUCGGUUUAGUAUUGAAUUUCAACAAGUUGAGCAAAGAGGUGUUGAUGGAGUUGGAAACCCAACACCUGAGGUAGAAAACCAGCUCAAGACCAAUUUGUCCUACCAGCGGGCCCUUCAGGCACGCCAGGGAGUGCCAUAUGGUGGUCUAAUCCGCGUUCAAUUGUUUCCUCCUCCUCCUCCGCCCCGUGAUGAUUAUAGGGCAACUGUGAGGUAUAUAGAAUACACAUUAAGUCAACUUAAGAAUGGAAUCGUUUCACAACAGAUGGUAGAUUCGGCUAAGGAAACGGUACGCCGCCUUAGAUCGAAAGGAUAUUCCAGCUUAGAUGAGGAUGAAGCAAUCACUCUAAAGGACAGCAUUCACUUCCUUGGUAGGCUAGAAAGCACCCCCUCUCCCUUUAGGGAGAGGUUUCUUAACUUUGCUGAAGACAUUCCAAGCCGUGUCCGCUGCCUCCGUCAAAUGCAGGAAACAUUGAUUGAUCAGCCAAAUCUUGUAGAGCAAGAGAGACAAUGCAUAGCCGAAAUUCAGAACAGAAUGCAAGCCCGCGCUCUAAGAAACCAACAGUUUGAUGAGGAAGAAGUGACGGUCAUUUGUGAGAGGGCUAAGAGAGAAGAGGAGAAAGAGGUUCUAAUCACCAGAUUGGAGGACAUUCGCUGCAAUGUGACUGAAAUUUCCACAGCCUCGUCUUAUAUAGAUGGUGGGAGGAUCUGAAUUAAAGUCUGAACAUUUUGCUGCAAAUUGACUUUUUAAUCUAGUAUUGGAUUGUUAGGAGGAUAUGGUUCCCACUUUCUAGUGAUCUUUCUAACAUUUGGAUUGUAAUGUUUGACUACUGAGUUCCUCUACUGUUUUCUGAGAAAGAAAUGCAUAUAAGAUCACAAACUGGUCUUAUUCCCUUGUAUGUUUUUGCACAUCUAUGAUAUAAUGUAGUAACAUUUAUUGUUUGA